GGCCCCGGGUUGGUGUUUGUAAACUUGCCUCGGUCCCGGCGGGGGCAGCGGCGGCCACGGGGUUGGCACGGAGUGCUGCGGCCUGGAGGAGGCGCCGCGCAGCGGGGGAGACAGCGGGAGGCCGCGCCUGGCAGGUUUCUGAAACAGAUCGUGAAUUUCAUUCAGAGUAUUCAGCUGGAGAACCAAGACUGGCAGACUUUUUCUUCACACAAUAGGCAGGAGCCAAGCAGAGACCAGGGAUUCUUGGAACAUCUAUCUUUACUUUGGAGGACACUAAAUUCUACUUGAAGACAAAGGCACUUCAGUAUGGCAGCAGGACUGAAGGGACACGAAAGAGUUGUUACAGUGAUUUGGUGACAGUUCUUCAAACAACAGUGUCUUAAGGAAAGGUGGAGCAAGAAACUCGAACUUUUUGAGUUGCAUUAAGUGAGAAAUCAGCAUGGCUCAGGCAAGUCUCCUGGCUUGUGAAGGCCUAGCAGGUGUGAGUUUGGUUCCCACUGCAGCCAGCAAGAAGAUGAUGCUGAGCCAGAUUGCCAGCAAGCAGGCCGAGAAUGGAGAGCGGGCAGGUAGCCCUGAUGUGCUGAGGUGCUCGAGUCAGGGCCACCGAAAAGACAGUGAUAAAUCCCGGAGCCGCAAAGACGAUGACAGCUUGGCUGAGGCCUCUCAUUCAAAAAAGACUGUUAAAAAGGUGGUGGUAGUGGAACAAAAUGGGUCUUUUCAAGUAAAGAUUCCCAAAAAUUUUGUUUGUGAACACUGCUUUGGAGCCUUUAGGAGCAGUUAUCACCUCAAGAGGCACAUCCUUAUUCAUACCGGUGAGAAGCCAUUUGAGUGUGACAUAUGUGAUAUGCGUUUCAUCCAGAAGUACCACCUGGAGCGUCACAAGCGUGUACACAGUGGGGAAAAACCCUACCAGUGUGAACGGUGUCACCAGUGUUUUUCUCGGACAGAUCGAUUACUCAGACACAAACGGAUGUGCCAAGGGUGCCAGUCCAAGACUUCCGACGGGCAGUUUUCUCUCUAGGCGCAGGGGCCCCGGGUGGUGGGAGUGAUCAGAAGAAUCCACCGAAGAGUGCAGCCCCUCUGGUCUGAUGGUCCCACCACCACCCCGUCUGUACCUGUCUCCCUCCUGGAGGAGUGGACCCAGGAGACCGGAAGAGUGCAUCAGGGGACGGCAGGCCCCAGAGCUUCAGCUCUGUAAAUAAUCUGAGACUCUGAGUAUCUCGGGGAAGUUCCUUCAGCAUUCCUGGGUAGGGAAGCUAGUCCCCAGACCCUUGGCUGAGGUCGCAGGUGGGGACUCAAGGUACAGGACCAAGACUGAAGUGUGGUUCCCACAACCCUGGACUCCCGCUGGCAGCUGAAAUGGAAGAGACUGGGGAGAGGGAUUUGUUUGUUCUGUUCUCGUUUUUGUUUAUCGAAAAGCAGUUUCAACAGGUGCACUGUGGAAAUAGGUAAUAUGGAGGUAUAGAGUCCUGGUCAAAGCAGGGAUUAUGGCUGGUCCAGCCCUCCCCCAAAUUGAGUUUUUAGUUGCAGUUGAUCCUUGAUGUUCCACAGCCCUGUACCUCACCUCCUGUUUGAAGGAGAACAGGAUCAGGGAUGGCAGCUGUGCUUACUUUGGCCUCCUUAUACACUGUAAGGACAAAAGGAAGAGCAGUGGGAGGAGCAGACAAGGGCUGGAUCCAGGAAGAGUAGGCAGGUACCUCUCAUUUCCUUCAGGGAAGAGCAGGAGUUGUGGCCCAGGCUAUUGCAGUGGCCGGUGCCACACUGGUACCUAAUGGGGUCAGCUCAAGUGCCUUUUGGAGGAAACUUGGGUGAGAGUGGCCCUUGAAGCCCCUUCCCUUUCUCUCUUUGGGUAGUUGAUCUUGGAGAUAGUUUUUGGCUACCUCGCUGAUACUGACUGACUCCUAAGCCAGACAGAGGUGUUGAGCAGGGAGUCAUGGAUGUUACAGUGGGUUCUUUCUUCUUGUGCCCUCUUAGGAACCACCCAAGACUAGCCCCAAGUUGGGUGACAGCUGUUCAAGAAACAAAGGAAUUUGGUGUCCCCUGACGUGACUGUUGAACAGCAUGAGCUGUUCUCCUCACUCACGUCCUAUCACUAUAUUCAGGUAGAGGAGAUAAGGGUCUAGCUUUUGGUCCCAAAGGAAAAGAUCUUGGCUUCCUUCUUGAUGGCCAUCCCUACGCAACAAAGAACUGUGGGGGUGGUGGGGGCGUGCUGUGGAGAAAACACCGAAGAAGAAACCUAAUGUAGGUUUUACUCUUUAACUGUAUUCUUUGCUCUUCUCUGCUCCAACACCACCACCUUAUCUACACCCUCCCCAGAAGUGGUCAGGGGUGUGUGUGUGAGCAUGUGUGUGGUAUGUGAGUGUUCGUGUUUGUAUGCUUGGAGAUGGCAUAUUAUUGAGCCAAACCCUUCUCUAGCCCCAGCUUAGGAGGACGAGCAUGAAGCAGCUUCUCCUUACUGACCCUCCCCCAAAACCUGAAGGCCUGAACCUUGAGGUUUGAGAGGAGCUGAAGAACUCAGCUUGAGGGGCCUGGAGGGCUUCACUUUGGAGGGUUUUUUUAAGAUUGAUUCAACAGACUGCUGGUUAGGAUGUUGCUUACCCAAGCCAGGGCUUGUGAAUAUGAAUUUUCUAAAGUGAAAUAAAAACCCUCUUUCUUCCUGCUAAGGAAAGGAUCCUUAUGGGAGGUUCCGAGGGUUUGGUUGACUCCCAGGUUGUGGGCUGUCCUGACCUAUGGGGGUGUGGUGAGUAAUUAGAGAAGAAUCAUGGAGACUUGGUGCACUUGACCAGGCUGUCAGUGGGGGGUCUGAGAUGGCAGUCUGCAGGAAGUGAUUUCCUUUCACAGAAAAGGUAGGCAACAGCACACUCCUGUUACCUCUUCUGAAGGAAAUGGUGGGGAGCGGGGGUGGGGGGGUGUCUCCAUACCUCUGAGGUGUGAGGAUUUGGGGAAAAGAAAGGAAGCAUGGCACCCUUUAGCUCUUCCCUGACAGCAUCUGAGAUCCUAUGGGGAAACGCUGGGGAACGCGCCUGCAGCCUGUUCUCUCCUAGUUUUGUGUUGGCACGUUUGACAUGGUCCAGAAACUAGAUGGCGAGUCCUGAAACCAGCCCUUGGUCCCUGCAAGUUGGGCCUCUUUCUGCAUGUGAGCCAGCCCCUGUCUGUUAGAGAGCUCCGCUGGGGGCUGGGGUUUGUCUGGGACACAUUUAGAAAACUGCCCUUCCAAACGGUGCUUUUGAAAGUGGAAGACUUUGCUCCCUGCCACCUGCAACUAGGCAGUUUAGGAUUGGGGGUGUGUGUGGAGAGAAUCACAUUAGUGAGGUGUGCCCUUGCAUGUGCAAAUGUGUGUUUAGGUCCGAAUGUGCCCUAGCCCCCUGCAGGCCUCAUCUUCCUGCUUUAGUGUGUGGGGGAGAGGGAACUUCUAAGCAUAUGUGCAGAGAGCCAUACCAGAACCACCCCUGCCGAGGACUGGGUGAGUGGAAACUCAGGAGCAGGUGGUUAGCUUAGUUGUCCAGGUGCUGAUGUUCAUGAGGCUGUGGGUUUGUGAGGAGAGGGGAACCGAGAGGCAAAAGGAGUGACUGCGCCCAAGAGUCCCACUUACACCCCAGGGAGAUCACAGGCCACUGCAAAGGCUCCUGGGCCCGACAUUCCACCCCUCUACUGGGUGGGGUCUAGCACUGGAAAGAUGCCUCAGGUGUGUCUGGAGUGAAGGGGAUGGCGGUGGGGCCAGCUCUUAAGAGACCAGGACAUGAGAUUCGGGGACCUGGGAAAGAGUAGCGCAAAUUCCUGGGUGAGCUGCUGGACUGGGCCCCACCAGCCCUGCCCUUCCCAGCACCUCAAGUCUUCUCCGUCCACCCCACCUCCAACAACCUCUUGUCAUCACUUAGCUACUGAUUGUGCCCCAUGGCUUGACAUUGGAGGGUUAAAUGAGGUGUGGGGUCCCACCACAAUGUUUAACCCUCUCCCCAGAUGUUCUCUGCCUCUAUGUGGCCCUGGGGCUUUUAUCUUAAUCCCUCUCACCCCACCCUUCCUCUCCACCUUUUUUUUUUUUUUAAUAUACUUAUUUUGCUAUUAGGGGAGGGAACUAUCAAAUGAACAAGAUCACUUUUAAAUGGUAGUUUUUAUAAGAUGUUAUAAACUUGUAUCUUUUUACCAUUAAAGUGCAGUGUAUGUUCCUUCGUGAUAUAUUUAGGAUAUUUAAAUAAAAACAAAAUGGGGCUUUUGUA